AUGGACGCAGUCACGUUGCAACAACGUUACUUGAAGCUCACGAAAGCGUAUUUGUUACUCACCGGGAUGUGGCCUAACCAGAACAAUCAAAUUCUUCCAAAUAAUUGUGGAAUAUCGUAUAUUUGGCAUUUGCAACAGGUAGCAAGAGUGGUACGAUUUUUUAGUCUAACAGUUUUGAUACAACAACUUGGUUUCUUACUCGGAGGGAUACUCCUACUGGCGAAGCAAAGUGCUUACGUCGGUCACAAAGCAAAAUUCGAGACACUUUUACAUGGAAUGUUCAACGAUUGGGAAGCGGUGAGGCCGAAGGAGGAGGUCGCCAUUAUGACUUCGUACAUGGACAGAGGAGCCUUUAUCGUUUUAAUUUACGCGGUAAAUGUAUUUGGUUGCACAUUGCUGUUCAUCAACAUGCCAUGGCUGCCGCGUAUCGCCGACAUUUUGAUGCCGUUGAACACCUCCCGCGAUCGGUUGUUCAUUAUCCCGGCUUGUUACUUCGUCGACGAAAACAAGUACUACUAUUGGAUAAUAGCGCACAUGACUAUAAUAAUUAUUACCGCGGGAUCCGUGUACAUCGCCUGUGAUACUUGUUUCAUAUACAUUGUGCAACACGCUUGCGGAUUACUUGGCGUGGCAGGAUAUCGUUUUAAGGAGGCGGUCGAUGAGAUGUCUAAAGAGAGAAAAAUUGCGGACUUGUCUAACGAGACGUACAUGAAAGUACGUCGUUCUGUUCAGGGACAUGUUCGUGCUCUAAGAUAUUUGAGAGAUAUAGACGACGUGCACGCCAGUUAUCUGCUAGCUUGUUUGGGUAUCGUAACCGCUGCUUUCAGCGCUACGCUAGCUCUGUUAUCGGAACUGGACAUUUGCCUGGAAUUUUAUCAGGGGCUCGGCUUCUUAGUGGUUCAAUUGAUGCAUCUGUUUUUUCUGACACUUCAUGGGGAAUUUGUCAUUGAAUCGAAUGAUAAAGCCUAUAAUCAAAUAUACGAAGGAUUGUGGUACAAUGCUGCACCUAAAGCACAAGCUUUGUACGUACUAGCGCUAAGAGCAUCGGCGGCUGCUCCUCAAAUAACAGCUGGAGGACAAAUUCCUAUGAACUUGGAAACCUUUGCAGUCAUCAUAAAAGCAUCAGUUUCAUAUUUCACGAUGUUGAAGAGCACAUAA